AUGGCCCAGAUUCCAACGCCACCACCGUCACGUCCAGGCUCCGAGGCCCCGGACCCUGUACCGAAGCCCGCGGAAGCUUCGUCGGAGUUGUUGCAGUCGUUGGAUGUCCUGCUGGAGGAGUAUUUGCAUCUGCUGGAUCGACAGCAGAAGUUGCAGUCAGGAUUGGCGAAGCAGUUAUCUUCGGGCUUUCUUUCCCUGGCCCAUGCAAACUACACUUGUCCUCCCGGCCGACGAUAUGGUGCAGACUAUUAUGAUGAACGGAUGAAAGCUACCCGCAAGAUAUCUAUUCAUGCGCAAUCCGAGGUGGAUGAUCCCGAACACACGUCAGAGGAGCAGGAUGAAGUCGACAGCUGUCGCCCGGACGAGCUCGAAUAUAAAUUCAACCUAGAGAAGGUUGAUAACCGUCCGGCUGAAGAGAAUACCGAUGAUACCGCGACAGACGCAAAGGAUAAACCCUCGACAGAAGCUACAGAGCCCGAGGUAUCAACAAACGAUGCUACCACGCCUGCAAGCGAAGCCGGCGCUCCACCUUCUCAAGAUUCAGAUGCGGAACCUCCAGCACCUCAAGAGACCAAGAAAGUUCGCAAGAAGUUCCGCUCCGACGACCCGAUCUACUGGUACGGCAUCCUAGUGCCGCCCUCACUUCGCACCGCCCAAAAGUCCUUUACGGAAGCUAUACAAACCCAAGUGCCUGACUUGGCGGGCACGAUAGUGGAAAUGCGCGCGUUGGAACAGAAGAUCACUCAGGUCCGGGGCAAGCUGGGGAUCGACAAUUCCGAGACAACCAGUAUUGAGUAG